AUGGCCAGCGCGCCGGAGCAGCCGGCGCCGGGCGCGGCGGCCCUGCCCUCCGACGAUGUGCUCAGGGGCCACGUCGCCGCCAUCCUCGAGGGCCAGGACCUGACCCAGAUGUCCAUGAAGGAGGUCCGCGGGCUGCUGGAGACCCGGUGCGGGAUGGCGGCGGGCGCCCUGGACGAGCACAAGGCGAAGGUCAAAGAGGUGGUCACGGCCAAGAUCGCCGAGCUGCAGGAUGCCAACGACCAGCACGAGGACGCGGCCUCGGCGGCGGUGGCCCCCGCAGCCCAGCCCAGCGCGGGCGCAAAGCAGAAGAGGGCCGACAGGAAGCCAGGCGAGCCAGGCGCAGCAAAGAAGAAGCAGUCGACGCUCUGCACGCGCAAGAGCUUCAUGAAGAAUGCCAAGACAUUUCCGGUGAAGCUGGGCGACAAUAACUUCAACGUGGCUCCACGAGAGUUCAGUACAGGCAGUUGCGGUUAUUUCUUGUCCUCGAAGGUUCCCAUGGAGCUGGAUGGCGAGAGGGUAAUGAUGCAGUGCUCACUUAACUGCACUGUGAUCGGCUCGAAGGAGUGGAAGAACGACUGA